AUGAUGCGUAGUCGAAAGGGCCAGGCCGCUAGCGAGGCGGACAUCCGCCGCGAGCAGGCCUUCACAAGCCGCGCGAAUGUGACCGGCACCCGGCUUCGCGUUCGACGCGGCUCCAGCUUGACCGAUCUGGACAAGCUCCGCUGCUGCGGUGGCUCCAGUGGGGGCGGCUCUAUCGGUGACCUUAUGAACAUGUUCAGUGGCAGUGCGAACUCGGUCGGCAGUGAUACGUUGCUCGCUCGGACCAUGCCCCUGGAGACGGUCAGGAGGAAUGCACCAACGACCCCCGUGUCCACGCCGCCCGCGCACCCGCCACCCUCUCCGCUGAUUCACGUGUCCAGGCCGGUCGGUCCACUAACUAUGGCCCAGCGGACCCUGAGGUUCAGCCGCCUCCUAAAGUAUCAGCCAUGUUCAACCGAUGUCGUUAUAAUCCUGGUGAGUUAUAAACAACAUUGCAUACUA